CUUCGAUUUGAAUUCGUCGAUUCGUUCCCUUCCUGGUGCCGUGCAUGUGGCCCCUCGGCUCAGCGCAUGGCCAUAGCUUUGUAGAAUGGCCGAAGAGAACUGUGAGAUGCGCGGAAAGGCGAUCCGUGUAAAUCUGGGAGUGGAAGGCCAGUCUGUCCGUGAUCACACUGCGGGAUCCGGAGUGGCGUCAGAAGAGACGACACCAGUACCGGCGGCGGAAAGUGAGGCCUACAGCGAUGGUGAUUGGCAUGAAAGUGAAGCAUCUGUGACGUCAGAACCUGAAGACGGGCCUGAUGUGGCAACACCCAGCCAAGGCUCAGAAAGAUAUACAGAGGAGUCUGUCGGCACAGCGUCGGAAGUGGAUGUGGUUGGUGAUCACAUAGAGCCGGUGGCCAGCAACACACCCGACAACGAUGCUGUGAGUGAAGCAGAUGUGGAAACUCCGGCCGAAGUACCUGCUGAAGCGGAGGUCCAGAUAGAUGUCAACGUUGCGAGUGCGCUAGCCGCACAUGCGGUUGAAGUGGAGGAGAGCGCUGACGAGUUGCCCGACAUCGAGGAGAGCAGCGAGCAACCCCGAGAAGACCAGGAGCAAGGUACGAAUGCUAUGGAGAGUCCGAUCGAGGUUGAGCCUGAGGAUCCUCAAACUCCAGCUGAGGAUGAGGACGAGCGAGUCCCGGGAGAAGCGGAAGACGAGGACGCUCCACAGGAGGAUCCGGUGGCCGAGGUCGACCCCGAGGAUCCAGUCACCGAGGAGGGCUAUACCUCCAUGGAGCACUCGUACCAUGCGUCCGACGAGGGCGCGGACAGCGAGGCCUCCGACGAUCCGAUGGAUGAAGAACAGGAAGCGUCGCAGGAAGCACUGAAGGGUGAGCUGGCUGAGAAGGAGGAGGAACACGACAAGCUGGCGUCACAACUGAGGCAGAUGCAGCUGGAAAUGGAAACUUUACGAAAGAUGCUGGAGCAAAACCAGCAGGAGUUGGCGAAUUCCAGUCAGGAACUGGAGAAAGCGCGAGCUGAGCUCAAUGACUUGCGAAAGCAACAAAACGAGUCUGCAGCGGCAUCACAAGCGGAGCGGGAGGCCUUUCGACAAGUCGAGAAGCUGAUGAAAGACAAGAAAAGCCUACGAGAGCAGCUUGAGAAGAUGCAAGAGCAGAUGGUACGGAUGGAGUCCUUGCAGCAGCAGCUGGAGAAGCGCCUCAUCGCCACGGAACGGGAGCGCGAUGCGGUGAAGCAGCGCUUGCAGAUGGACUCCUGGAAGCCACAUCGGAUAGAAGAAGCUGAAGCUGCCCGCCGAAGGACUGGUGGAGAGUUCCGUGUGCUGGAGAAGCCCGUGGACCGCAUGAGACGGCCCAGGCACGGCGCACAGCAACGGGACGUUUGGCGUUUCCAGCCACGGCAACGUGGAGCCUUGGUCUUGCGGAUGCGUCCAGGUCUUGACUCGCCACGCAGCAACCAGAAGUUGUAUCCUGGUGACAGUUUCGUGGUGUCAGAGCAGCGGAAGGGUCCUUCUGACCUGGUCUUCUUGAAGUUAGCAGAUGGUCGGGGCUGGGCCUUCAAUCGAAGCCCGGAUGUGGGCACGCUCUGUGUUCCGCGACCUGCUCGAAAAGACCGUCUGGCACCUUACAGGCUACCUGAGGGUGCUCGUUUGCCUGGAAAGAUCCGCCAGGAUCAGGCUGGUUGGAUCGGUGGAAAGGACAGGCUUUGUCGGGUCUUCGAUGAGGUGGGGAUGGGAUCAAAGAGGAUCAGGGAGAUGACAUCCCUGAAAGAGUGCAUUUUGGGGGUGGCGUGAUGAGGUUGUGCAUGAGAUCGCCGGCCCAGGUAGACCAAUGUUGUUCAUGUUUUGGAUAUGAGCUUGCGCAGCUGGGGUAUGUUUGACCAGCUAAAAUAAGACAUGAGCCAUCAAGUCAGGCAGCUUUUAGUGGAAUCCCCCACCGAAAUAUAGCUCCUAUUGGGAGCCGCGGAGCGCUCCCAAUCCGCGACACACGGCCACACACGGCCAGAGGCCCUGCGCGCCCGCCCACGCCUUCCGGCCAUUCCGAAGCCCGUGAGGGAUUCGCGGGCGCCAUGGCACUAGCGCCCGCAGGGGGCGCCAUGGCACCCGGCCGAACUCGGCGUCGAAUUCACCGCGCAGCAGAACGAACAAGCUAAACGAACCGUGUUGAAAUCAAAGGAACAAGAACUGACCUAGGCCCUAGGCUUGGGAUUCGUUGG